AGCUUGUUUAUCAGGUGUCAUCUUGAAUGUAACUCUGGUUGAGUGGAAUCUGUUUUACCAAUGCCAGCAUUUGAGUUUGGCGUUUGCUUGAGAGAGAAACUCUCUGCCACUGCCGCCUCUGCUGCUGGCGUUGAAGUCUUCCCCUUCUCCUUUUCUUUACACGUGUCCUGAUUUGGACACUCGUUUAUGUGCCGACAUGGCUGUUGCAACCUUCACAGGACCUCCUAAGGGUGAGUGUUGUGGGAAUAAGAACAUGGAAAAAAAGCCCUCCUGGCGGAGACGAGUAUUUGUACAGACUGAAACUGGUUGUGUUUUGGGGAUGGAGUUAGAUAGAAGUGACAAUGCCCAUACUGUGAAGAGGAAGUUGCAGAUUGCACUCAAUGUCCCAACCGAGGAAAGCUCACUUAUAUGUGGAGACAUGAUCUUGAAAAAUGAUUUAAGUGUUGUUAGAAAUGAUUCUCCGCUUCUUCUCACGAGGAACUUCUUACACCGGAGUUCAUCUAGCCCUUGCCUUUCACCAACUGGUAGGGAUCUUCAGCAAAAAGAUCGGAGUAGAGAAAUUGAGAUUAUAGGCUGUGCAGAAAUAUCUUCUGAAACAAGACAGCUGGUCAAGGAUAUUAUAAGUGCAAUAAAAAUGGGCAUUGAACCAAUUCCCAUUCAAAGUGGAUUGGGAGGUGCAUACUAUUUUAGGAACUGCGAUGGGGAAAAUGCUGCUAUUGUCAAACCAACAGAUGAGGAGCCUUAUGCACCAAACAAUCCAAAAGGUUUUGUUGGCAACGCCCUUGGGCAACCAGGACUGAAACGUUCAGUGAGGGUUGGGGAGACAGGCUUAAGAGAAGUUGCAGCUUACCUUCUGGACCAUGAUCAUUUUGCUAAUGUUCCUUCUACUGCCCUUGUGAAGGUGACACAUCCUAUUUUUAACAUUAAUGACCGGGUCAAUGGUAAUAUGCAUCCUAACAAGAAGCAAAUAAGCAAGAUUGCAUCACUGCAGCAGUACAUUCCUCAUGAUUUUGAUGCAAGUGAUCAUGGAACUUCUAGUUUCCCUGUUGCUGCUGUUCAUAGGAUUGGGAUUUUAGAUAUUCGGAUUUUAAAUACGGACAGACAUGCAGGAAACCUUCUUGUCAGGAAGCUUGAAGGUCUUGGAAGAUUUGAUCAAGUAGAGCUCGUUCCCAUUGAUCAUGGUCUUUGCCUCCCUGAAAAUCUGGAAGAUCCAUAUUUUGAGUGGAUCCAUUGGCCUCAGGCUUCAAUUCCCUUCUCAGAUGAUGAGCUCAACUACAUACAUAAUUUAGACCCAUUUCGUGAUUCAGACAUGCUGAGAAUGGAGCUGCCCAUGAUUCGAGAAGCUUGUUUGCGGGUUUUGGUUCUCUGCACCAUAUUCCUUAAGGAAGCAGCCGCCUUUGGCCUUUGUCUUGCUGAGAUUGGUGACAUGAUGAGUCGGGAAUUUCAGGGUCAUGAUGAAGAGCCCAGUGAGCUUGAGCUUAUAUGUAUUGAAGCAAAGAAACUAUUAGAGCAGGAAGAGUUUACUUCUUUCGAGGCAGAAGUAGGAGAUAAAGAGGCGACUCAGUUCCAAUUAGAUUGUGAGGAUCAGAGUUUUGACUUCAAUGCGAAUGAAGAGAAACUGACUGGCAUGCCAUUUUUCCCAUUUGGAUCAAGAAGUAGAAAUGGCAGAAACCCACUCUCUAAGCUAGAGGAAAAUGUGAUGGAGGAUGAGGCCGUGAAUGAAGAGGAGACAACCUUAGGUGCAGAUAAAUGUACAGGCCCUGCAGGAAAUUUGGUACCUAACAUUUCGAUGCUGUCAAUGUCCAUGAAAAGCGCGGGAAUGGAUGGGAAAAGUUGGCAGCACUCGGGUACAAAGCAAAAAGGUGGUUUUUUGGCUGGUACAUCAUCUGGGAACACGAGUUUGAAUGAGUUGCCUGCGACCUCUAGCUUCGUGAAGGUGACAGAUAUGGAUGAAGAGGAGUGGAACCAGUUUCUUGAGAAUUUUCAGAGGUUGUUGAUCCCAGCUUUUGAUAAUUGCAAACGAGGGAAUGGGGGUAAGAAGCAGAGACAGAGGCUAGGAACGUCAUGCCAGUUUUAGCCUUAUCUUCAUCAAUCAAACAUGGAAUGAAACUAUGGAGUCUUUGCAUAGUGCAGAGGCUUAGCACAAAGCAGGAUUUUGGAGGUGUGUGAUAAUUAUAUGAAGACUGUCAGGUAUAUAAGCUCUUCGAUCAGCAAAUAGAAGCGAGACCUUACUUUCCCAAUGUGUGUGAAGAACAUGUCCUUUUUAUAGUGUUUUUUUCCAGUUUAUGUUCACUGGUUAGCAUGUUAAAUAAAUCUGUUCAUGUUAUGUUCCUAAUAAAA